GAGGCCCAGAGAGGAAGGGGGUGUGGCCAAGCAUGUGAAACUUUUCUUAGUUUUACUCUCAGAUCCUGCUAGGGAUACUGAAGAUCGAACACAGGAGGAAGCAGGCUUUCUGGGUCUUCUGAGGUAGAGAAGCUUUUGAGUGCCAGAGAGGAAAUGAUGGGACCAGGAAGCUAACCUUGAGGCUCUCAGAAGGCCACACCAACCCCAACAGUGGAGGCAGAAGCCAGCCCACGCUCAGCAACUGAACUGGCUUUCCCUACACCUGUUCCUGGUCACCCAGAAGUCCUUACUACCUGUGCCCUGCGGCCUGGGAGAGAAAUAGCAGGAGAAAGGGAGGUCCCACCCAGACGAGACACCAUGCGCGCCCACUACCCGUGGCUCCUCUUGAUCCUAGGACAUGCGGCUUCGGCUCAGUACAGCUCAGCAAAUGAUUGGACCGUUGACCAUCCCCAAACCCUCUUUGCCUGGGAGGGAGCCUGCAUCAGGAUUCCUUGCAAGUACAAAAUUCCACUACCCAAGGCACGUCUGGACAACAUCCUCCUUUUUCAGAACUAUAAGUUUGACAAGGACACCAAGAAAUUCAAUGGAACUGUCCUGUACAACGCCACAAAGACCGAGAAGGACCCAGAGACUGAGCUGUACCUUUCUAAGCAAGGGAGAGUAACAGUUCUGGGGAACAGAAUAAACAAUUGUACCCUGAAAAUCCACCCGAUAUAUGCCAAUGACAGUGGGAAUCUGGGGUUGAGGAUGACCGCAGGGACUGAACGAUGGAUGGAGCCCAUUCACCUCAAUGUCUCCGAGAAACCGUUCCAACCUUACAUCCAGAUGCCAUCAGAAAUCCGGGAAUCCCAAAGUGUCACUCUGACCUGUGGACUGAAUUUCUCCUGCUUUGGGUAUGACAUCCUCUUGCAGUGGUUCCUGGAAGAUUCUGAGAUCACCUCCAUCACUUCUUUUGUCACCUCCAUCACCUCUUCUGUCACCUCCUCCAUUAAGAAUGUCUAUACAGAGAGCAAGCUCACCUUCCAACCAAAGUGGACGGACCACGGAAAGAGCGUGAAGUGCCGAGUCCAGCACUCCUCCGAGGUGCUCUCUGAGAGCACUGUGCGUCUGGAUGUUAAGUAUGCCCCGAAGCUGGAGAUCAAGGUCAAUCCCACAGAGGUGGAAGAGGACAACUCUGUGACCAUGACAUGCCGGGUUAACAGCAGCAACCCGAAACUCAGGACGGCGGUGUCUUGGUUCAAGGAUGGGCGCCCCCUAGAGGAUCAGGAUCAGGAACAGGAACAACAGAUGUCCAAGCUAACUCUGCAUUCAGUGACCAAGGACAUGAGAGGGAAAUACCGGUGCCAGGCUUCCAACGACAUAGGCCCAGGAAAGUCAGAAGAAGUGGAACUCACGGUGUACUAUGCUCCAGAACCCUCCAGGGUUCACAUCCACCCUUCCCCCGCUGAAGAGGGACAGUCAGUAGAGCUGAUUUGUGACUCACUGGCCAGUCCGAGUGCAACAAACUACACCUGGUAUCACAACAGGAAACAUAUACCUGGAGACACCCAAGAGAAGCUCCACAUCCGUAAAGUCUCCCUGUGGCACGCUGGGAAUUACUCUUGCUUGGCAGAGAACCGUCUGGGUCCUGGACGGAUAGACCAGGAAGCUAAGCUGGAUGUCCAUUAUGCUCCCAAGGCGGUGACCACAGUGAUUCAGAGCUUCACACCAAUUCUGGAAGGAGACAAUGUGACCCUGGUCUGUAGGUACAACUCCAGCAAUCCAAACGUCACCUUCUACAUAUGGGACCCUCAAGGUUCUGGGAGUGAGCUCAAACCCGGAGUGCUGAGGAUUCAGAAAGUGACAUGGGAUUCCAUGCCUGUCAGCUGUGCUGCCUGCAACCACAAGUGUUCGUGGGCCUUCCCUGUCAGCCUGAAUGUCCACUAUGCCCCCAGAGCCGUGAAGGUACUGAAGGUCAGCCCUGCAUCAGAGAUCCACGCUGGGCAGCGUGUCCUCCUCCGAUGCGACUUCGCAGGGAGCAACCCUGCAGAGGUCCGCUUCUUCUGGAAGAAGAAUGGGAGUCUCGUGCAGGAAGGGAAACACCUGCACUUCAGCUCCAUCUCCCCAGAAGAUUCUGGAAAUUAUAACUGCAUGGUCAACAACUCCAUCGGAGAUACCUUGUCACAGGCCUGGAACCUCCAAGUGCUGUAUGCUCCUAGGAGGCUGCGUGUGUCCAUCAGCCCUGGGGAACGUGUGAUGGAGGGGAAGAAGGCCACCUUGUCCUGUGAGAGUGAUGCCAAUCCGCCCAUCUCACAGUACACCUGGUUUGACUCCAGUGGCCAAGACCUCCACUCCUCAGGCCAGAAACUGAGACUGGAACCCCUGGAGGUCCAACACACGGGUUCCUACCGUUGCAAAGGGACCAAUGGGAUAGGCACAGGAGAGUCACCACCCAGCACCCUCACUGUCUACUACAGUCCAGAGACCAUCGGCAAGCGGGUCGCCUUGGGACUAGGGUUCUGCCUGGCUAUCUGCAUCCUGGCCAUCUGGGGGAUGAAAAUCCAGAAAAAAUGGAAGCAAAACCGCAGCCAGCAGGGGCUUCAGGAAAAUUCCAGUGGCCAGAGCUUUUUUGUGAGGAACAAAAAGGCUAGAAGGACCCCUCUCUCAGAAGGCCCCCAAUCCCAGGGAUGCUACAAUCCGGCGAUGGAUGACACCGUUAGUUACGCCAUCUUGCGCUUUCCAGAGAGCGACACGCACAACGCUGGAGAUGCAGGGACCCCAGCAACACAGGCUCCUCCUCCAAACAACAGCGACACGGUCACUUACUCGGUGGUACAGAAGCGGCCUAUGGGUGAUUAUGAGAAUGUGAAUCCGAGCUUCCCGGAGGAUGAGAGCAUCCAUUACUCAGAGCUGGUUCAAUUUGGGGCUGGUAAGCGGCCCCAGGCAAAGGAAGACGUAGACUAUGUGACCCUCAAGCACUGAGGUGGGUAGCGGCUGCAGUUUCGGGUUCUUGAGCCUAAAGAAGACAACCCCUUCAGCUGCUGCAGCUCAGAUGCUAAGGCACCGGCAGCUCCCUGGGCACGGACUCAGGCGUGCAUGUGGCACACGCCUUUAAUGCCAGCACUCGGGAGGCAGAGGCGGGCAGAUUUCUGAGUUCGAGGCCAGCCUGCUCUACAGAGUGAGUUCCAGGACAGCCAGGGUUUUUCAAGGAAACCCUGUAUUGGAAAAACAAAAAACCAACCAACCAACCAAACAAAAAACAACCUGGGUCUGGCCAGACCUAACCGGCCUUCUCUGGCUGGUGAUCCUCCCUCACACAUUGUGCGGCAUCUGCUUCUCCAACCGCAGGCACCCACCAUCUGCUCCAUCCUGUGCUUCACUCACUUCAGCUGGAUGUGUUCCUGUUGUAAUCGUCACUAACAUUUCUUCUUCUUUGACCCCUUGAUACUCUACCCCGUUCACUAAUCUUACUACCCACUUUCUGGCCCUGGGGAGAAAUCCCGAGGAAGGACAGAAGUAAGGAAGCAAGGGGCACUGUCCCCAGUUGGCUUUUCUCCUACAACGAUGUUGGACCUGUGGAGAUGGUGCCUUCCUUCCGGGGUCCUGGACAUUAGCAGACAGAAUGGAAUGGACAUAUAUAUAAUUCAAUAAGUGCUUCAUAUUAAAAGUGGUGCAGCUGUCACAUGAAUUCUUUUGUAUUGGUGAUUGAUCAUACUGGAAACAUGGAGAUGGGCAUGGUCUCUUGGUGUCUGGAGGGAGGGGGAAAGACUCAGGAUAAUCUCACUAUCAAAUCAGUCCCUAGGGGCACCAUUGUCUCACAGUGUUGGUAUUGAACUUAGGGUUUCAUGCAUGCCAGCUGUGAUGGUUUGAAUAUGCUUGGCCUAGGGAGUGGUAAUAUUAGGAGGCAUGGCCUUGUUGGAGUCGGUAUGUCAUUGUGGGCAUGGGCUUUAGCCAGUUUUCUCCUAGCACAUGAAGAUGUAGAACUCUCAGCUCCUCCUGCACCAUGCCAACCUGGAUGCUGCCAUCCUUCUGCUUGGUGAUAAUGGACUGAACCUCUGAACCUGUAAGCUAGCCCCAAUUGAAUGUCCUUAUCAGC